UGCCGAUAAUCAGUAACAUUAUGGAUUAUAGAAUUAAAAUUAAAACAGAUCAACAAAUUUUGAAUUUGUAUAAGAAAAUUAAACAAUCAAAAGUUGAUAUACCUACACAUGUGAAUGAAUGUUUUGGUGAAAAAUUAUUAGAUCUAGAAGCUUUUAAGUGGUUUAAUGAAAAUUUGAAAAAAAUUGAUGGUCCUCCUUUACACACGUUAAUCACUGGAGAUAAUAUAGUUUUACCUAGUCCGCCAAUUGUUGAGCCCAGUCCAGAAUACAAAGAAAAACUUAGAAAGUUGGAGCAACGUUUAAAGAAUAAAGAAUAUGAUGCUAUGACAAAAAAUGUAGAUUUUAGAAGAGUUAGACUACCUGAAGAUACUAUUUCUUACCAAAUUAAACAGAUCAAUAGACAACUGAUAGCUGUUCUCCAAUUUGUAAUUUCAACUGCAGCUGGAUUUUUAUUUGGAUUUAUGGGUAUUGAGUUGAUGUUGAGUACAACCUUUGAUUUGGGUUUCAAAUUAUUAUUGGGAAUUAUAUGUGCCUUAAUCAUUGCAUUAGCUGAAAUUUACUUUUUGGCCAAGAAGUUAUCUGAAGACUAUGAACCACUAGAAACUUGUGGCAAAGUUCAUCAAGAUUAGUUUUGUUAAUUUGAAAUAACAAAUGAUAUAAGUGUUCCCAUUUAUCUAAUAUUAAUAUUAUUCCAAGUAAUGAAUUAG